AUGAAUACUGCAAAUAAAGCAACAAGAGUGACUCUGCUAUUGGCCAAUGUUUGUUGCAGAAUACUGUUCUUUUAUUUCUUUUGGCUAGCCUCGGUGGAUGGAGAUAAAUCCUUAUAAAAUAGGCAAUAUGCUUUUAUCAACGAAAUGUGGGCUUGGGAAUAAUAUCCAUUCUCCUCCAUUCAAGCUUACUCUUCAAGUGAAUGUCCAGAAGAUUGGGUAUUACUCACCUCCUUCGAUUGGCCUGGGACCAAGGAGCAUUAAAAUUCAAAGGGAGAACUUGUACCCAAGCAAUCUCCAGAAACCUUUCACUAUUGGAGUACUACCGAAUACGAAACUGCCUUUAUUUUGUGUGGACAAUAAAUAAAACAAAACGUAAUUUAAACUGUCACUUCCACAGAGACAUGUGAAGAUAGGAACAUGAAGGAUUGCGGAAUAGACCAGAUGUAUUUUUGUAUAGAUUCUGACUUGACUUGUCCAAUCAAUAGUAUAUCACUCGAAAUGAAUGAUGGAAAAAUCUAGGUGAUAACAACCAACAAAGAAACCAACAAUUAGAAUAUGCCUAUUAGUCUCAUUCGUAUAGAUUCAUAUAUACCUUGCGCUACUAAAAAUGAAACUAAUGCCUAGCCAGAAGUAGAGUAUGACGAAAAUUUAGAUUAAUAACCUCAGUCCUGUUUGGAAUUGGACAAGGAGUACGUUGAGGCGAAUAGUAUUACAGAUCAAUUAUACUUUUAGAUAAAUAAUGCUGGAGACAUCUUCAUUGAUUCAGAUGGAACAAAAACUCUGUUUUAUAAGCAAUACCCUUUUUGGAAUCAGUAAUGUAAUGGAGAAAUGUUUUUGAUAGCUCAGAAACAGCAAGAUACACUUUUAAGUUAUAGAUAGACUGAAUAUGCAAAUUUCGUAUUGGUGAUUGCCUAUUUAUUAAUCUGCAAUUAUGGGAUACCCAUGAUCCCAUAUAUUUUUAGAUGUGUCGGCCCUUUGAGUUUCAAGACUCUAACGUAUUUGGACUACUUGCUGAGACUUGCAUUAUCUUGCACAAUGACCUAUUUAUCAUUUGUUAAUUUAGAUUAUGGGAAGCAAUUGCUAGAUAGUUUGGAUUAACUUUGGGGGAUGUAGUGCAUUAAAGAUGAAGAAGUAGUAAUUUAAGAUCAAUACAGACUGUUUAUGGUAGAUUUGCAGAUCAAAUUGAAAAUCAAAGAGCUUUGGAUAUUGUAGCAAUAACAUUUUCAUUUGUGCUAUGGGCGAUCGAAGGAUCAUUGUUGUGGCUGUUGGGGUGUUAGGAAACCAUCAAAUAAUGCAAACGUGGGUAUAGGAGGUUAAAGAUUAAGAAGGAUGUCCAAAAUGCUUUUGAUACAUUAAAUCAAAGUCAAUAGGUAUGAUGAUCAUUUAUUUAUAUAAUUUUAUUAAUAAAUGUUUAAAUUCGGAUAGGAGAAAUUCACUAAAAAGUCCUUGCCCAAGAAUUUCGCAGAUCAAAUUCUCAAUCUUGAAAUGGAAAUCGAAUUGAAUGAUCAAGUUUAAAUUGAACUCAUACAAGAUUUGAUCUCACUCUAUAUGGUAAUCAUCUUGCAUCAUCCCAUCUAGGAAGGAGUAGAAUAUUAUGAAUCCAUCAAGGAUAGAAGACACCUAUACUUUUAGAGAAAACUUAAUGCCUUGAUGUUAAAGCCCACCUUCAUUAAUGCAACCAACAAAUUCGAGGAAUCCCAAAAACCCAAAGAUGACAAUCAAGUCAAAAGAGCCAAAUUUCAAGAAUAAACCAAAAGGAUCGAACUGGAUCUCAUCUACAGUCAAACUGAAUCCAAAGAGGCUCAAGUUAAAGGAAUUGUUGACAGUCACACAAAUUAAGUCAUGAAAAUUGAGAGUCUCAUCAAAAAUGAAAUUGCCAAUUAAUCAGAUGCAUUCCAAAUGCGUCUUGAAAGAAGGCGUAAAUCCAAAUUGACACAUUCUCUCAGUCAACCUGAAAUUGAUCUGCAAUCUCAAAAAUCUGGUAAUAGCAAUAAGAAAAAAUAAAUUGAAUUACAUGAAUAAGUAGGUAAGCAUUCCGUAAUUUCCUUUGUAGUUCAAAUCAAACAAAUAAUACAUGAGGAAGAUGAAACUGCAGCAACCAGAAAAGAUUCCACAUUAUAAAAGAAUUAAGAAAAGAAAUGGGAAAUCAUCCAUUCUGCCUCUAUAAUACAAGAGAAUAAAAAGCGAACUAAUAGUUUGAUUCAAAGGAGAAGAUCUGUUUUUCUGACUACUAAACAAAUGACGUCCAUUAAAAGGUCCUGGAGUUGUGGAGCUACAAAACCUUUAGAAGAAGAACCCCCCAAAAAGGAUAAAAAGGAAUGA